AGAACGCAGGAUCGAUUUGAAAAGAUUUUUUGGUGAUAAAAUAGAGGAUUUCGCAGAAAAUGACGCUCCCGGAAGCGUUGUUGAAACGGCUGGCCAAACGGGGCAUCAUCUCGGACGCAGCAAAGACCGGCACGAACCAGCAGCAAACCGCCAGCGCUGGCGCUCCACCCGUACCGGCCUCCGAGGAUGGGUCGGACCGUGAACCCGGAACCGGCAACAACUCGGAUCACUCUGACCGUCCCGAAAGUGACGAGGAUGAGGAAAACGUGGACGGAGAUCGGCGUGAUGGGCAGGUGAACAACGAAGAAAUCAUCGCCGAAGAUUACGAUGAGUACGAUCAACCGAAUCCGGAAGCGUUCGAGUACACGGGCCGGACGAAGAAGGCGAACGCGGCGGUCGACUGGUCGGAGAAGAUGAAGCAAAAGAUGACCAAACGGUACGGUUACCAGUCGGUGGAGGGGUGCCAGAACAAGUACAACAUCUUUCACCUGUGCACCAUGUACUGCGUCAAGCGGUACGGUGAGGUGGAGUUUGAGAUCGAGAAGGAGUACGAUAAGCGUGUGAAGCGGCUGCUGGAGCGCUUUCCGCUACCGAAGAACUGGCGCAAGGAGUACGACAUCGGCUGCAAAGCGUUCUAUUUCUACAACAAAGACACGCGCAUCGUUUCAUGGCUACCACCAACGCAUCCCGAUGCAAAGCUGACCAAAAGUGCGAAGCUUUUGCGGCGCGACCUAAUGGAAGAGCAAAAGCAAAAGGAUGCCGCACGGGAAGCCACACCGCAGGCUGUGAUCGUGGAAACGUAUCCACCGCUAACACCGAAAUCCCAGCUAAUUGGCCCAGCCGUAGCCAACAGCUCAAGUGCCAGUGGCAUUCCUCUGCCACCACCUGCAGCAGUCGCAGAAAAUCUCAAACCCCCGGUCGUCAAUCCGCCGAAGCGUCCAAUGAAACAGCCGGGCUCCUCGCUGCGUGACGAUGAGAAACAUCCUCGAUCGUUCUCGUCUGGUAAUGAUUCCGGUACCGGUGAGGGACCGACGGAGCGAGAAUCAGACCGUGAACGUGACUAUCGGGAUCGCAACCGUGAUCGACGGGAUCGAGAUCGCGAUCGUGAUCGAGAUCGAGAUCGAGAUCGUAGAGAUCGUGAUCGAAGCCCACCACCUCGUGGUGGCGGUGAAGACAACCGUAACUAUGGACGCGACCGGGAUAGGCAGCGUGACAACCACCGUGACCACCAUCAUCAUCAUCAUCAGAGAGGCCGUGGUGGAAGGAUGUCUAAGGCGGCGGCCCCACUGGACCCGAUGGAUCCGGCCGCUUAUUCCGAUAUACCGCGUGGCAACUGGUCAGCCGGACUGGAACAAUCUACAACGGCCAGGAAGGAAAAAGAUGAACGCAAAACAACCAAACAAUCCACAGCCAAUCGUGCGGACGAUGAGGAUGAUGCUGGUGGUAGCGAUGGCGCCCAUGAGGUGUUGAAGAUAUCCGCAGUGAAGGAGUUUCAACAGCACGAGGACCAUGAGCACGACGAUGAGGAGGACGAUGAUGGCGAAGAGAUGGACUAAAGAGGUGUGCGAUUCUCAUCCCAACCUAACGUAAUAAAGAGCAUCCCUUAGAACAGAGCA